AGCGCGCGCUGGACGUGAUGUGGAAUUAUAUAGACCUCACUUCCAGUUUCCACGCAGCACUCCAGUGCAUCUAAAACCUCAGACAUGGAUGACCCUCCACAAAAUGGCUCCAUGCAUACACUAACAUCCACCGCAGCCCGACGACGGUGACCUCGAAGGGAGUUAUUUUUUUGGGCUUUACGAUUUCCAUUGGAUACUACUAACAACCUGCGCCUUUUCUGGUUUUUGGAAAACUGCUUGCAUUAAACGAUGAUGGAAAAACUGAAAUCCGAGAAAUUUCCGCUCAGCCCGAGCAGCACGGACGACUGUGCCUCUCCCCCACGCCACCCCAACACGACUUCCUCAGGUUUGGCACCCGUGGAGGAGGGAGAUACAUGCGGGAAACAGGAAGGCACGACGCCGGAGAAAGGAGAGCAUCGCCUCCCCGAGGAGCGAUGCAACGGGACUCUCAUCCUUAAUGGCGUUGCCAAGGAAACGGCGUACCACGCCACCGAGCUAAAAAAGGAAGUGCCGGUGAUCGAGCUGUCCAGGAGAGGAGGGACUGCGGAUAUAAAAGGCAGGGAGCUCAAGGCAGACGACAGCCACAAGGUGCAAACCACAGAGCUGUGUAGACCACCGAUCCCACUGCCGCUGCCACCCAGAGACCCGCUGAGUGAAACUCGAAUGGUGCAGUUGAGUCCACCCGCUUUCCCUCUCCCGGCCCGAGCGAUGCUCUACAGUAACAUGGCGCAACCGCUCACCACUAUUAACAGUGGUUAUGUCGGAGAAUCGGAUCAGUAUGGGAUGUAUCCCAGCAGUCGGGUGAAACGAAGACCUGCGCCUUAUGAAGUUGAAAUUAGCGAUGGUUCGCAGCCGAAAAUCGUCCGACGGAUCUUCACGAACAGCCGCGAGCGCUGGCGGCAGCAGAACGUGAACGGCGCCUUCGCCGAGCUCCGCAAGCUCAUUCCCACCCAUCCACCAGACAAGAAGCUGAGCAAGAACGAGAUCCUACGCCUGGCCAUGAAGUACAUCAACUUCCUCGCCAAGCUCCUCGACGACCAGGACGACAUGGUCGGGGGCGAAGCCGCCCGAGAUGCGACCCUGGUGCGGAGCAACCUCCUGCAGGAGAUGCUGAGCCCAAACUCCAGCUGCGGAAGCUUGCUGGACGGGGACGCCAGCCCGGAGAGCUUUACCGAGGACCAGGACUCGUCCGUGGACUCCAGACCUUCAGCAAGGGGACUGCAUCAUUCCAGCCUCAGCCUGGAUGGGAACGCCCAGCGAUGACUGCUCGUGCUCUUAUGUGUGGACCUAAAAUACAGUAUGUUUAUGUUGUGUGCAAGCAUAUUCUUACGUAUGAAGCUGUUUUCUUCGCGCUUUGAUACUGAGGUGCCCUCCGUGGUGAAACACUGGUACAGAGGGGUAAAUACUCGGUCAGGAAAUACUGGAUCACCACCUGUAAACAAAAAGGCAACAGGAUUUUCUGAAUGGUACCUUUUCUUGUGUUCCAACCCACAUCUCAUCAGGUACACUGUUGGUAAGGUUAUUGGAAACAGUUGGGAAGGAUGUUCGACAUACCAGUUUCAAAUCGAAAAAGGCGUAAAAGCUUUGUUAAAGUAAAUUAUAUUAUGCAGUAGCUCAUUACAGAAAGGCCCUGGCAUCAUUACUACGGCUUUGUUUUGGAUCAAACUGUGUACAUAAGGAAAUCAGAAGGGGUGAUGACCUCGGUAAGGUUGUAUUUGUUAACAUUAGUUAAUGCAUUAGUUAACAUGAACAAUUGUAUUGGGAGUAACUAACAUUACGUAAAACGUAAUAGUUGGAUCUAAUUGGUAACACUUUUUUUUUAGGGGUUACCAAUUGAAGUAAUUUUUUAACUUAAUCCAACAAUUGAACAUUUUACAGUGUAAUACAAAUUUACAUUUACAAAUGUUAACAAAUACAACUUAUAUAUUUAUAUAGUAUAAAGGCAAUAGCAACAAAAUGAAUGCUAUUUGGGAAUAAAGUAUUGCCAUUUUGUAAAUGGUUUUCAGUAUUUGGAAAUAGACAACGCAAAGAAAGCAAAAGCUAUAUGCGAAUAAAGAAUCAUUGUGGUGGAAGAGGUACAAGAGCGUGUACAUAAACCGGGAUGAUGGUCUUUCAUUGACCCGUUCUUUUGCAUUGUGAUUAUGGUACAUCAUUCAUCAGUAUCCAUUUACUCUCAUGUAUUUGUUUGGCUCAACCCCAGCUCAUAUUCAAUGAGUAAUCGUUCUGUCACUUUAUUUGACUUGUAUGAACUUGAUCUGCUUUGUUUAGCAGAGAACUGAGUAACCAGUCUUGGUACCUUUAAGUCUUUUAUUGGCUAUUAAACGAACAAACAAACAAAACAGAAAUGGUUAUUUUGAUGUGAUAUUUAGUAGAAAGACCUUUGUUGUAAGGUGAAAAUCUAUCUAUGAAUAUAUGCAAUGUUAUAUCCCACAAACAUUUUAUAUGAGGAAAAACCCACAAAAAUAAAAAACACAAACCUGAAA